AUGAAACUUGUGCCUGGUGCUCCCGGAAAAGCAAUGAGAAUUCAAACACCUUCCAGGGAGCCAUUUCCAGGAACUGAGCUCAGAGGACCCAAGGGCAGCGGCUCCUUCCUGCUACCUUCCCGCCCUGAACCCGGGGAGGGGGGCGGAGCCGAGAAACCGAAAGCGGACGGAGCCGGCGUCGCUAUGGGGCUUGGCGCGCUGGCGCGGUGGCUCGGGGUCCUCUGCUGCUGCUGCUGCGGGAGCGCUGGCCCCGCCACCCUCGCGGGACGGGCCGCCGCCUUCCGGGAAAGUUUCAUUAGACAUCGAUGUUUGAAUUCUGGAUUUUCUAAUGAAAGUUCUACUGCCUUCUAUGGAAUAAAUCAAUUUUCUUAUUUGUUUCCUGAAGAGUUUAAAGCCAUUUAUUUGAGAAGCCAAUCUUCCAAGUAUCCCCGAUACUCAGCAGAUGGACGAAUUUCAAUCCCCAACAUAUCCUUACCAGUAAGAUUUGACUGGAGAGACAAGCAUGUUGUAACACAAGUGAGGAACCAGCAGAUGUGUGGGGGAUGCUGGGCCUUCAGCGUAGUAGGUGCAGUGGAAUCUGCAUGUGCAAUCAAAGGCGAGUCUUUGGAAACCCUGAGUGUACAGGAGGUCAUUGACUGUUCCUAUAAUAAUUAUGGCUGCAGCGGAGGGUCCACACUCAAUGCUCUGAACUGGUUAAAGAAGACCCAGGUAAAGCUGGUGAGAGAUUCAGAAUACCCAUUUACAGCACAAGACGGGCUCUGCCAAUACUUUUCUAGUGUACAUUCUGGAAUUUCAAUCAAAGGCUAUUCUGCAUACGACUUCAGUGACCAGGAAGAUGAAAUGGCAAAAGCGCUUCUUACUUUUGGCCCUUUAGUGGUUGUAGUAGAUGCCGUGAGCUGGCAGGAUUACCUGGGAGGCAUAAUCCAGCAUCAUUGCUCGAGUGGAGAAGCUAAUCAUGCAGUUCUUGUAACUGGCUUUGAUAAAACAGGAAGUAUUCCAUAUUGGAUAGUCCGGAACUCAUGGGGAAAUUCAUGGGGAGUGGAUGGCUAUGCCCAUGUAAAAAUGGGAGCUAAUGUUUGUGGAAUUGCAGAGUGUGUUUCUACUGUAUAUGUGUGAUAGCUGAGGCCUAUCAAGAGACAGAAAAAUUAAACUUUUUUUAAUGGAGACAUCAUUGUAAAGUAUCGUUCACCCUUGGACUUCAGCAACCAAUAACCAACGAUCCUGGGAUCCACUGUCCAGUGUUCCUGCCGAUAGAGGGACGGACAGCCACCGUCAGAAUGUCAUCAAUCAUAGGCUAGCCAGGGGCCUGUGCCGCAGUUUUACCACUGGGGCUAAGUCAUGAGACUUCUUGAAUCCUCUCAGUUGAGGAGUCAAUUAUUUUCAGUUUUCUUGUUGGUUGUGUUUGUUUGUUUAAUGAGAAGCUUUGAAGUAUCAUUUCCUUUGGGGGAUUUUAUACACCAGCCUCAGCUCACCUGGUAUACAAGAAGGGCCAACCUGAAAUUAGAUGUGCCUUUCAGGUAUAGUAGCGGGCUACAAGGUGGAAUAUUGUAAAAAUGUUGAACUAUCAGUUGUCUUAACUCAAGCAGAUGUUGCUAACCCCUUGUACUGCAGAGAGAUCAUGUGGAAGGAAAUAAAAGUACAAAAUGGCUUUUUCAGAGGAACGAUGAAUUGGAUUACAAUUAUUCACCAAGAGAGCACGUGCCUGAUGAGGAACUAAAAUUAGCUUUGCUUGAACGAUGCACUGUUGCCUUCCUUUGCUCUAAGACUUUGUCAACACAAGCAGCUCACCUUUAUGGUCUGUUUCUUAUCUUUCGGCACUACCUCUUUUAAGAUCCAAGCAGCCCUGGUGCCACAGUGGUUGCAUACAAGAAAGUACUUUAUUGCUAAUCAGAAGGUUAGGAACUUGAUGCUGCCGCCUGCUUCCAGGUGGAAAGAUGUGGCCCUGUGAUGCCAGCAGAGCUAUAGCUUUGGAAGCCUGAUGGGUCCGUUACAUUCGCACUUAAUAGUGUGAGGUGUUGGAAUCAACUGGUUGGAAUUGAGUUUGGUUUUCAUUUGAUCGUUUAAAAUCCAGUCCCUUUGUCUGGCACAGGUGCAACCCAGGUGAAAUUGGACACUGCAGAGAAGUUAAUAAGCACAAGUGUAUGUUCACAUACCUCAGUUACUCUAAGCUGGUGCAUAUCUUGCUUACAGAUUAAACAUUCCCUGGGUUCAACUAAAAUGUGCGACCUUUCAAAAUCCUACUUAGUCACCCAGUCUGUGUUCUCUCUUGCCUUGUUAAUUCCAUAAGUGAUUUCUAGCUGCUAAGCCAUGGCUGCAGAUUCGCUAGCUUUCUCACUAGCGAUCCAUCGUCUUGUGUGCCUGAAAGGACAUUUUGUGCUGAUCAUGCUAGGGAACUGGAAAACCAGUUCUUUCAGGCUUGGCAGAGCAAAAAUUCCAGAGCAGAAGAUCUGAUCUGCUUUAAUAUAAGCACAACCAUACUGAAUGUGUUAAAAGGAAAGAAUUUUAGCUAUUCAAAUGUGAAUAGGUUUUCCAAAAGCUCAUGGUUGAUUUUUAAUGUAGACAAUCGUAACAGAAAUGAAACAAAUAAUUUAAGGAUGUUCCAUUUAUCCUUUCCCAUUUAGUUUUUUUUUUUAAUCCCUGUUAUUAGAAAAAGAAAAUUAAGGACAAAUUACCCUAUCUUCUUCCUUAUACUAGCUAGAAGCAAUCUCAAAAGAAUGUCAACUCAGCGUUUGGUAUGCCCUAGGAAAACAAACAUGAGCAUUGUAAUUAAUGAAUGCUCAAAAACAAACAUGAGCAUUGUAAUUAAUGAGUGCUCAAAAACAAACAUGAGCAUUGUAAUUAAUGAGUGCUCAAAUUCCCGUGUACGCCAGGAAAGAAGUCUGUUUUGGUUAUUGUAAUUUCUAAGGGAUGGAUAUGCAUACUCUCCUGUUGAAGUCUUUGUUCAGUUACUGACGUUUUGGUUAUUGUAAUUUCUGAGGGAUGGAUAUACAUACUCUCCUGUUGAAGUCUUUGUUCAGUUACUGACGUUCUUUUGUCGUGCUUUUUCAAUUACUGGAGGAUUUUUAAAAUUUCAAACUGAUUAAUACUAUCAGCUAUUUCGGAUUUUGACAUUUACAAUCAAAGCGUUUAGAUUAUCCUUGAGUGAAAACGUGUCUGUCCAAAAUGUAUGACUUAAAUGUUAUCAGCCCAAAUGUUAAUAUACUUUAAUAUGCUAUGUUAAUAUAAUUCACACAGGGCAUUUAAAUCUUUUUCCCCAAAUCGAUAUGCCGUAUAUACUCGUGUUUAUACACGAGUUUUUCAGCACAUUUUUAAUGCCGUUUUUGCGGUAAAAGUAGGUGCCUCCGCUGAUAUUCGGGUCAGCUUACACUCAAGUGGUAUACGGUAUCUAGCGUUGGUUUUCUCCACAGACACCUUAACCUGAAUAUUUCCAAAACCUUAUCCAUCCUCUCCCACGUUCCCACCAAAGGACUGGAAGAGAGAAAGGCUCCUCGAGUCCCUAUUUCAGUUGUCAGUAGCAUCAGCAUGGUGUAAGCAUCUAUAUAAGUUGGAGAAAAUCUUAGAUAGUUAAUCAGGUCAACUAUACCUUCAUAAUCUAUCACUAAAUAAUGUAUCCCCUCUCCAUUUCUACUGCCCAUUCUCAGCUGAAUGCUCUUUAGUACACCUCCGCGCACGCUUCAUCAGUCUGCCUCCUGAACUCCUACACGACCCUCACAAAGGAUAGUCCUCCGACCAGCGACAUCACUUCAUCUGGGGACUUGUGGAAGCAAUUCUCAGGCCCCACCCCAAACCUGCUGAGUCCGCAACUCUGUUUUAAUAAGUCUUCCAAGUAUUUCUGUUGUAUGCUAUUGAAACUAAUCUACCAAAUUUUCACUGUAUUUGCAUUUCUAAAUAAUAAUAAUGUCACCUUAUUUCCUCAUCUCACACCAUUCCCGGGCUCCCCAUUGACUAAACAGGCACACUCUGUGAUAGCUUUCUUGAAGAAGCCAUUUGCCACCUUCUCAACUAAAUGCUUCUCAGUUGCUACUAUUCCACAUAGACAUUUCACAUGUUCCAGCCAUAGCAAGAGUUCCCUGGGUGAAGGGAGACAAGUGCUUAACAUCACCUAGAACCACUACAUGGCAUCAUUUCUUAAUACCAAUUAAGGUCUUUUAUAGUAUUUCUCUUCUAAGAGUUCCAGGGAGCUUUUUAAAAAACAGAAAAGGAGGCUGGGGGCAAAGAACUGGUUCCAACCAAAUCAACCAGCUUUCAUAUGUAUAGAUUUGGCCAACUUACCCUUUUGAUGAAUUAUUGCUCCUGGGAGGAAUUCUGCCAUUUUAUCUUCCCCAAAACUAUCUUCAGGCCACAAAAAUCCUGAAAUCAUGCAAAGAGCCUCCCCAAACGACCCAUUUUACUUUGCCCCAUCAGUAACAGAGUCCUUUCCAUAGGUAGACCCUGGGUCAAGUUUCCCUUCUUAGGUGAACCUGUAUGGCUGUUAUUUGAGGGACCAUCUUGGUGAUUCAGGUCUCAAUAUGGUCCUUUGAUAGGCCAACCAAUAAAACCACUUUGCAUCUGUAAGACCUACUGAGCAAGACCUGGGAGACUGAAGUUAUUUUGGCAAGGAAUCCAGGAGUCCUGCCUCAGUAUCCAGAAGAGGGUCUGUCUGGGGCAUAGUAGGGCCUGGGAAAGAGGUGGCACCCAAUGGAGAUUUUAAGGGCCUCCUCCCAGUUUCAAUACUUGGAACUCCAUCUGGACUCAACAUCCACCUCAAACCAUGAUUGAAGAGCCUUGGUUUUUGGGGUAAGUGACAUGGAGGAUGGCUCUGUAAUUCAGCUGAAGCCAGCAUGUCAGUGGGAUCUGUGUUGAGGAUUUGAAAUUGAAGGCAGUAUUUAAAGAAGGUUUUAGGACGGUAAAUGCUGGGCUGUUUGAUUAGUCUACCCUUGGCUUUGUGGUUUCUAUUUUAAUUUGAUUAGUCAUUUGGAUCAAAUAAACCAUUCUGGUUUUGUUUUGUU